AUGAUUGAAUUACCAGAUUUAUUUCAUGAAAAUCGAAUUCCUGAACUAACAUUAUCUUUAAUUCUCUAUAUACCCAUUGGCCUUUGUCUUGUACUAAUUCGUUCUGUUAUACUACUUCUCUUAUUCGUAAUUUCUUCUAUAUUUCCCAAAAAUUCAUCUUUGAAUCAACUUCUAAAUGAAGUUAUUAGCUUAAUAUUAACAUUUUCGUAUGAAAAUCAAACUGUUGGAAAUGAAGAAAAAGAUAAUAGAAGGGCAGCGAAAAUUCUUGUUGCUAAUCGAGUAUCUUUAUUCGAUGAAAUUGUUAUUCAAAGAUUUAUUUGCAAUACAAAUUGUAAAGUGGUAUGA